CCCAAACGCUGUGCACACUGCUUCAUAUGGCUAUACAAUCCGCAUAAACCGGCAACAAGCAGGGCGCAUCAGUGAACACUGCUUCAACCGACAAAAAAAAGCGGAGUUUCCCCCACUGGACACUGAUGCUAUAUUUUCGUUCACUAAUUAAUGGAUCCAUUCACAAUUUGUGCGCCCCAGGAUGCAGUGACAUGACUUUUCCCACCCAGAGGAUGACUUGAUUUCAUAAACCCACACGUGAUUGCUGAAUAGGUUUAUUUUGUCAUGACGAUAUAAAAAUUAACACAGUUUUAGGGAGGGAUUUCUGGACAGACGCGAGCGCUUGUGUUGCCUGGCGUGGCUGCUUGCUGUCCCGCGGGCUGCUGGUGCUGAAAGGAGUCCAAUAAUAUAGUCGCCAAAUAUUUUGACAUAAAAUCAUUAUUUAGUCAUUGGCUCGAUAGCGAAUACCAUAGUAGCAGUUAGGAUACCCGUAUCUCUACGCCUUUGGAGUGGAAUGUGAAAUGGAGUGAAAUGGAGCGUUUUAGUGAUUCUUCACGACGAGUACAUUUGGAAUCUCGCUGAACUUAAUUGUGUUUCUCAUUUUGAGCUAAAUAAAAAAAACGUUUCGCGGUGUGGUUUGGAUUUUUUUAGAAAGAUGGGAAGCAGGUGCACCGGUGCUGCCCAUUGUGGUUGUGUGCCCCGGGGUGGAGCUGCUCGCUGUCCCGCGUGCUCGUGGUGCUGAAAUGUGCACGAUGUCCGCGCGGCAGAGACUCCCGGGCUGCCGUUCGCUGCACAUCAACGAGGAUAACGGGCGUUUCGUGCUGUUGGCGCUGCUCAUCCUCAUAUACCUUCUGUGUGGCGCUGCGGUCUUCUCAGCUAUAGAGCGGCCGUCGGAGGUGCGAGCCCGAGUUCGCUGGAAUCGCACACUGCACAACUUCAGCGACGCUUUCAACAUCAGCGUGCACGAACUUAGCACCUUCCUGCGCGAGUACGAAACCGCUGCGGCCGCCGGGAUCCGGGCCGAUGCCCUGCGACCGCGAUGGGAUUUUACGGGGGCAUUUUACUUUGUGGCAACGGUUGUGUCAACUAUCGGUUUUGGGAUGACAACCCCAGUGACGGUAGCUGGCAAAGUGUUUCUGAUCUUCUAUGGUCUCCUUGGGUGCGCAGCCACUAUUCUAUUCUUUAACCUUUUCCUAGAACGUAUCAUCACCGUGUUAGCUGUGGUGAUGAAAGCUUUUAGGCUACAUCGCUUGCGCACUAGUGGCCUCCUCCCACCAGGAAUCUGCCAGGACUUUGCAGCCAGCACUCUUCCUGGUUGGAAGCCCUCUGUCUAUCAUGUGAUGCUGAUCCUGGGCCUUUCAGCUAUCAUCAUCUCCUGCUGUGCCUCAGCCAUGUACACCCCCAUAGAAGGCUGGGCCUACCUCGACUCCCUCUAUUUCUGCUUUGUCACCUUCAGCACUAUUGGUUUUGGAGAUCUAGUGAGCAGCCAGAACAAAGCCUACAGCUACCAGGGUCUGUACCGGUUGGCCAACUUCCUUUUAAUCCUGACUGGUGUCUGCUGCAUCUACUCGCUCUUCAAUGUGAUUUCCAUUGUGAUCAAGCAGGUGCUCAACUGGAUGCUGAGCAAAAUGAGUUGCCUUUGCUGCCAGCGCUGCAACAAGGCUAGUGCUUUCCUGGGGCGCCGCAAUGCCAUCCGCCCUGGAUCACGGCUCAGACAGGGCCAUUUUGGGUACACAUAUGACUCUGAGGGGCCUUGUGACAAUGACCGGGAGGGUAGAAGGCUCUCUGGUGAGAUGAUCUCCAUGCGGGACUUGGCAGGCUCAAACAAAAUAUCACUGGCCAUCAUGCAGAAACAGCUCUCAGAGUCUGCAAAUGGGUACCCCAGGACAGUUUGUGGAAGCUCAAGACUCAAUGGUUUCUCUGGUGGAGUUGGUGCUUUGGGUAUCAUGAACAACAGAUUGGCUGAGACAAGUGACUCUAGGUAAAGGUGUCUUACGCAUCAAGAGUAACACUGUAGUUUAUAACAAAGCUUUUGUAAGUACAGGAGCGCUGAUGUUCUGAAGGAUAUAGUUUUGACUAUAGUCUGACUUUGCCUUGGCCACAAGUUCCAGUGAAACAGCAUGAUUUGCAUGAUGUAUUUGAGAUAUCUAUUUGAGCCAGGAUUUAUUGUGAUACCCCACUGGUUGGGAAAUUAGGCUACAACUCAGAUAGUAAUAGAUUUGAAUUCACUGGAGUAAGACACCCCAUAUGGCUUGAUAAAGUAUGAAAACUGCAUAAAUACCUUCCUAAGCCUUUUCAGGGGACCACAGUUACUCUAAUAUUAAAAGAUAGUUAAAGUAGUUAGGUGCAUACAUGAUUUUCUAGCUUUUACCUAGUUAAAAUAUUUGGACUGCCUAGUAUAGCACAGCUAUAACUGACAAUACCCAAACAAAGAAAUCCAAAAUCUCUGGAAUUUAAACAUAGAGCAUUGCCUAUGACUGAUAUAAAUCAUCUAUGUUAUAUAGGAUCACCUCCUGGAACUGUAGGUUGAGGUUACAUCAUUUUCAACUAUCAAACAUAUUGCACAUGCCUAUAUUUCAGCUAUGCAUCUCUUUCUAAUAAGAGCAUUGCAAAUAAUCUUGAUUCAAAAGUCAAAUGUAGAACAUGCUGAAUGUUAAUAAGUCUGUGACCCCUUUAGAAUGAUCUAAUAUUUUAAAUUAAUUCUCAAAUAAAAAUCAUCCAUGGUGAUAUUUAAUGACUCUUUUUGAUGAAAUCAUCUAUAAUGAGAAGUCAUAAUAAUAAGUAAUAAUAGUGGGAUUGGUAAAAAAAAAAUGUAAAGUUCUAUUUCUUUAUUUAACAGUCAAAAACACAAUUACCCUGCCUUGUGCCCUGAGUCUCCUGGGGUAAGCUCCAGGUUCCCUGUGGUUUAGAGAAUGGAUGGACAAGCUUACUGUAGUUUAUGAUUGUAAUUGAGUAGAUGGUAUUGUGUUAAGGAAAUGGUCAACCCACAUUGUUGGGAUGUCUUGCGAGAUUUGUUUUUCUUGGUAUCAUUUAGCAGCAUUUUAAUAGGAUUGAGGACAAGGUUCUAUGGCACGCUAAAACAUUAUUUUGAUAGUUGAUUUGCUCUUGUGUUUUAGGUCAUUUUAAUGCUGCAUAAUCUAAUCUUAUUUUGACUUCUAGAUCAUAGAUACUUUUUAAAAUAAUUCAGUCACUUCUUCCUUAAUGGUCACUGUGAUCAAAACAUGCAAUAUACUGUAUAGCUGAGGCCAAAUCUUAAGCUAAAGUAAACUUUUUUCACAACUCCAUAUAUUACAUUUCCUGUUUAAUUUCAAAAUAAAAGACAGACAGAUUUUAAGUAUUUGCUACAUCCAAUUGUCAGUGAGUCAAAAGAUUGCAUAUACUGUUGCAUAUAGUCUUUGGUGGGUGUUUUUUUUGGUUAAUAAGUAAUUCCAGUCAAGAUUUUACAUGUUUUCAUAUUUAGUUAGUUUUUUACUUAAAAUUGAUAAGUGUUAUAUAAAAAUACUACAUCAGUACAAAGGAAAUUUUGGUACAUGCUUGGAAGUAAGUUGCUGUGUUUGUAAAUGGUAAUUCAUUAAUUUUUCACCCUGACUAAGUAAGAUGAAUGAUAUAUAUUUUCCUCCUCAAAGAGCAAAAUGUACACCUACUGUCCACUUUAUUAGGAACACCUGCAAACCUGCACAUUAUUGCAGUUCUCUGUUCUGUCAAUCAUGUGGCAGCAGCACACAUGCAUAAAGCCAUUCAGAUACAAGAACAUCAGAUAAUAUUUACAUACAACCUUGUUGAUGAGAGAGAUCAGAGGAUAAUGACCAUACUGUUCAGAGCUGACAGGAAGUCUGUAGUAAAUCAAAUAAACACUCUUUACAACUCCAGUGAGCAGAAAAGCAUCUCAGAAUGCACAACACAUCAAUCCUUGGUGGAUAAGCUACAAGACCACAUCAGGUUCCACUCUUGUAGGCCAAGAACAAGAAUUUGAGGCUAUCAUGGGCACUCUUUGCCUUAGGACUCACCCAAAGUAGAGCUGAAGACUGGUAAAAGAUGUGUUUUUUCCUCAACUGUGGCCUGUAUCCAUGAUAGCCUCUGUUAUUGGAUGACAGGAGAACAAUCUGACGUGGUCUUCUGCUUCUGUAGCCUACCCAUCUUAAGGUUUGAUGUUUUGCAAUUCGGAUUCUUUCUGAUCACCACAGUUAGGAACAGUGUGUAUUUGAGUUAUUAUAUCUUUCCUGGCAACUUAAACCAAUUUGGUAAUUUUUGUCUGACCUCUUUUAUCUCUUUUAUGUUUCAGUCUGCAGACCCUCAGCACAACGUCAGUUUCUGAAAAAAACUCAAACCAGUCCAUCUGGCAUCAAAAACCAUGCCAUUGUUAAUAACAGAGAUUCCAGCCACCCCCCCCCUCUGAAGUUUGACGUGAACAUUAACUGAAGCUCUUGAUCUGUAUCUGCUUUUUAUGCACUGCUGCCACAGCAUUGGCUGGUGUGAACGAAUGUGCAGUUGUCCAUAUAUUAAAGUGGAUGGUGAGUGUAAAGUCCAUAUAUGUAUUUAGCAUACAAAUAGUUGUAUGCAUUUGUAUGCACAGUAGAACUCAUUUAAAGGUAAGAAGUGCUACUGUCUACUGUUAUUUCUGAUGCUGUGUGCAAUCAUUCUGAUUUGAUGUCAGUCCAUAACUGGGGAAGGAGUUGAGAAGACCAGAAAUGUUAGGAAAAUGUAAAUAUACAAAAAUAGUAUCUAUAACAAAUGAAGUAAAGAAUAGUUAUAGUUAUUUUAAAUAACCUUCAUUUAGUUAAGCAAGAAAGAAUUAAUCAAUUAACAAAAUUGAAUGUAAAUAAAGAAAAGAGAAAUCCAAAUCAAAUCAGUAUUUGGUGUGACCACCCUUUGCCUGAAAACAGCAUCAAUUCUUCUAGGUACACUUGCACACUUGAGUUUUUUGAAGGAAUUCGGCAGGUAGGUCGUUCCAAACAUCUAGGAGAACUAACCACAGAUCUUUUGAAGAUGUAACCUGCCUCAAAUCCUUUUGUCUCUUCAUGUAAAUUCCAGACAUACUUGACAAUGUUGAGAUCAGGGCUCUGUGGGGGUCAAACCAGGAUUCCUUAUUCUUCUUUACAAAGAAGAUAGUUCUUUAUGUCAUUGGCUGUAUGUUUGGGGUCACUGUCCUGCUGCAGAAUAAGUUUAUGGCCAUUCAGAUGCCUCCCUGAUGGUAUUGCAUGAUGGAUAAGUAUCUGCCUGUGUUUCGCAGCAUUGAGGACACCAUUAACCCUGACCAAAUCUCAAAUUCCAUUUGCAGAAAUGCAGCCCCAAACUUGCAAGGAACCUCCACUGUUCUUCACUGUUGCCUGCGGAGACUCAAUAUUGUACCACUCUCCAGCCUUUGGGCAAACAAACUGCCUCCUGCUAUAACCAAAUAUUUCAAUUUUUGUCUCAGUCCAGGGCACCUAUAUUUUCAUGCAUAGUUGAGUUGCUUAGCUUUGUUUCCAAGUCAGGGGAUGACUUUUUGGAAUUCGCAAUUCUUCCUUUAAGACUUCUCCGGAUAGUAGAUCGGUAUAAGUGGGUCCGUCUGGUUUCCGCCAGUUCUUUGCUGAUGGCAUUGCUGGACAUCUUCCGAUGUUGAAGGGAAUUAAGCAUAAUGUGUCUUUCAUCUGCUGCAUUAACCUUCCUUGGCUGACCACUCUGUCUAGGGUCCUCAGCAUUGCCCGUGUCUUUGUGCUUCUUCAAAAUAGUUUAAACAGCACAUCUUGAAACAACAGUCUGCUUUGAAAUCUUUGCCUGGGAGUGACCUUGCUGAUGCAAUAUAACUAUCUUGUAUCUUGUUGCUGUGGUCAGUCUUGCAGGGAAAGGAACAUGGUGUAUGGCCUGUGACAUGAAAGUGUCUUCCACAAACUCCCUUUAGUAGUAAUUGGUUAAUCAUACACCUGAAUUUGAUCCUACAAAUUCCCUGACACCAAAUAGAUUUAGAUGUUUUUCCUGUUCACUCAUUUUGCAUUUUAUAAAUUUAUAAACACUUAAAAUAUAUAUUUAUUUUUUAUAAAUAUUUGAAAGAAGCAUUCUUCACACCUGCCCAAAACAUAUAUAUAUAUAUUUAUAAGGGCAGCAUCACCCAGCCCUAAUUUGGUGUCAUUUUUUUAGCCUUUUAAAUUUUAAUCAAAAGCUUCUCACAAGCUGGAAUUUUUGCUCAUUCCUCCUGUCAGAACUGACACACUUUUUCAGCUCAAUCCACAAAUGUUCUGUGGGAUUCAGGUCAGGACUUUGUGAUGGUUGCGCUAGUACUUUCAAUUUGCUGCCCUGUUGUUACUUAGAUAAUAUUUAGAUCAUUGCCCUGCUGUACCCAGCCGUUAACAAGUUUUAACUUUCUAGCUGAUGUCUUGAAAUGUUGCUUCAGUAUUCCUUCCUUCUUCUGAUCUACUCUUUGAAGCAGGCCAGUCACAGCAAAUAAAAAGCCCCACCCCAUGAUGCUACCACCCACAUGCUUCACAGCUGGGAUGAUGUUGUUUGAGUUAAAUACUCACCCUUUUUUCUCCAUACAUAGAUUUGAUUAUUAUGGCCAAACAGUUCUAAUUUUAUUCUUCAAAAAGCUAGGUCUUUAUCAUUAUUAUCACCUGCAAACCUCAGUCUGAGUCUUGGAGUAGGGGCCUCUUCCUUGCUCCAGAGCCUAGAGGUCAUGGUACUAUAUACAGCGGAUAAAAUAAGUAUUGAACAUGUCACCAUUUUUCUCAGUAAAUAUAUUUCUAAAGGUGCUACUGACAUAUUGACAACCCAUGCAAUCCCUGCAAAGAAAUCAAACUGGAGAUGUCCAUAAAUUAAGUUAUGUGUAAUAAUGUGAAAUGACACAGGGAAAACGUAUUGAACACGCUUACUGAAAUUUAUUUAAUACUUUGUACAAAAGCCUUUGUUGGCAAUGACAGCUUUAAGACACCUCCUGUAUGGAGAAACUUGAUGCAUGCAUUGCUCAGGUGUGAUUUUGGCCAAUUCUUCCACAUAAACAGUCUUCAAAUACUGAAGGUUCCGUGGGCCUCCUAUAUGAACUCUGAUCUUUAGUUCUUUCAGGUCAAGUCAGGUAAUUGGCUGGGCCAUUCUAGCAGCUUAAUUUUCUCUGACAUGAACUGAGAGUUUCCUUGGCUGAGUGUUUGGGAUCAUUGUCUUGAUGAAAUGUCCACCCUCAUUUCAUCUUCAUCAUUCUGGUAGAUGGCAAUAGAUUUUUUAUCAAGAAUGUCUCCGUACAUUUUUCCAUACAUCCUUCCUUCUAUUACAGUAUAUGCAGUUCACCAGUACCGUACGCAGAAAAACAGCGCCACACUAUCAUAUUCUCACCUCAAAACUUUACUGUUGGUAUGGUGUUUUUGGGGUUAAGAGCUUAAACAUGCUUUUUCUUCAGCAAUGGAUCCUUGCAUGGUGAGCGUGCAUACAGGCCAUGGCAGUUAAAUGCAUUACUUAUUGUUUUCUUAGAAACAAUUGUACCUGCUAAUUCCAGGUGUUUAUGAAGCUCUCCACAAAUGGUCCUUGGCUCUUGGACAAUUCUUCUGAUAAUUCUUUUCACUCAGAAAUCUUGCGAGGAGUACCUGGUCAAGGCUGGUUUAUGGUAAAAUGAUAUUCUUUCCACUUCUGAAUUAUGGCUCCAACAGUGCACACUGGAACAUUCAGAAGUUUUGAAAUCCUUCUUUAACCAAUGCAAUCAGUACGUUUUGCAACAAUAAGGUUUCUCUUUGCUUUUCUCCAUCAUGAGAGUGACCAUCUUGUCAUUCUCAUGUGUUCACAUGAGAGUGAUCAUCUUGUGUGACACCUUGUUAAUGUGACACCUUUUUUGAUAGGCCAUCAGUUGGGACUGAACCAACUGAUAUUAAUUUGCAUUGAAAAAGGGCAGGAUUGCUUUCUAAUAACUGAUUGAGUUCAGUUGGUGUCUUGGCUUUCCAUGCCUUUUUGCACCUCCUUUUCUUCAUGUGUUCAAUACCUGUAUCAUUUCAAAUUAUUGCACAUAACUUAAUUUUAUGUCUGUGGUUUGAUUUCUUUGCAUGUGUGGAUUUCAUGGGUUGUUAAAAUUUGUGAAAAUUUGUGAAUAGCACCUAUAGAAAUAUGUUCACUGAGAAAAAUGGUGAUCAGUACUUAUUUUACUCACUGUAUCUCUCUUGUAGGUGAAUUGAUAUAUUUGGUAUAUGGUGCCUUCAAGUUCCUUUCUUAUUGGUUUUUGGUUAAGUUAAACCUUUUAGUCAAAUGUUUACCACUGGGAGUUAAUUUCUGCCUCCAUUCUUAACUAUACAAUGUCUCACGAUUUUUAUUUGAAUACAGUUUGUACAGAUAUUCAUGGUACCCUUGAAAUUGCUCUUAAUGAACCAGGCUUAUGGAGGUCCAAAAUUUGGUUUCUGAGGCCUUGACUGAUUUGCUUAGACUUUAUCAUGAUAUCAGGAGCAAAAAGGUACUCUCUUUAUAGGCAGGCCCUUUUACAUCCCUGUGUCCACCCAGUAAUGCCUAAUUAUAACAAAUGGCCAACCAGAAGCUUCAUUAUAUUAAUUACUGGUAUGUUUCUGACUAUUUAUUGAGUCAGUCAACUUGGUGUAUGUAAGCCUUUGACCUACUAGAAUUCUAGUAGAUAUAGAUUUAAAUCUGAAAUCUAUUUCUAAUUGAUUGUUUUAAUAAUUACCUCAGACGUCAGCAAAAUAAAUGCCCAAAUUAAGAAGCAUGAAAUGUAUAAAAUGAAACAUGUGGAGUUGUGAAAAAUGAGAUUGAAUAUAUUUAGCCUAGGUCUAACCUAAAACCUUGGAUCCUAACUGAACCAUUCUUUUGUAGACUAAACUGUGGCCUUGCUGAUUUCUGUAAAAUGGGAGUUUUAUUAAAAAAAGGGAGUUUUUAAUUAAAAAGGUGGAUGAGUGUGGACCAGUUGAUGUCUUUAACCCUUCCAUCUUAUGGUGUCUCAAAAUGAAAAAAACUAAAAUAGUCAUCAGUUUAUUGGUAUCCUGACUCUAAACACCAUUUACAUGUCAUGGGCUAGAGGUUUCACAAACGUUUUCCAUCACUGACCAUGAUUUUAAAAAAUAAUUUGUCUAAUAAAAUAACACUAUAAUAUGUGAUGUAAUAUGUAAGAUUACAAUGCAGGUCAGUUAUUAUUAUUUUAAGCAGUACAUAGUUAGAUAUCAAGGAUACAAAAAUUUAGUCUGUUGCAUUAACAAGAUGUGAAUUUUUUUUUAUAAAAAUAAACAAAAUAAACUGAGAAGUAAUGAUUGUGUAUCAAUAUGAAAAUUUGAUGUAAACUAUAUGCAGCUGAACUGGGCAAAUGUUGUUGGAAGGUGUAUUGCUUUUUUGUACAGCUUCCAACUUUCUAUACUUACCUCCCAUUUAUGGUGUGGCCAACCAUGAGACAAGCAAUAUAGAUAUUAAUAUAUUAAACAGAGAUUUCAGAGAAGUGGAGCCUUGUAGUACUAGAAUCACACAUAUGAAUCUUUCCAUCAAAACUGAAUUUAUUACUCUAAAAAUCUAUUUAUGGUUUGUUAAAUUAUUAUGGAUUACUCAAUAUAAUCUGCAGUUCUUCCUUUUAAAUGAAGCAGGCACUGACAAUCUUUUUUUUUUAAAUGUUACUCUUCCUUUUCAGUAGGUGGGAAAAAAGCAAAAUGAAGUGAAAAAACAGGUCCAAAAACAUUUGUCCAAAAAUGUAGCGUUGUGUGCAUGCAGGUUAAUUAUGCAGAUUAAAUAAGCAGUGGUGAGGCAUCAUGGAAUAGAACUUCUCUGGUUCAAAGGGGCAUUAAGAGCAGGUAUUGAGAUCCCCAUUUGUCUUAUAAACCAUAACUCCCCAUAUUCUCUGUCCAUUGGUUUACUUAUUCAUCUGCUUUAUCCCUUUCUAUGGCAACAUCUGUAUUUAGAGCACAUGUAACACAGUCCCUUCAUCUGGAAUCUCAGUGUAGCAGUUGAAGCUAUUUCCCACAAUAACCUAUCUAUCAUGCACCCCUACAAUGCUGUAAAUAGCUUUGGGGUGUCCUGAAAAUGAGAAGCAUGGCAUGGUAGGAAUUGUAACUAUUUUUCUUGUACCUGAGUAGAAAAAGGUACUUUAUUUGUGUGUGCUGCAUAUUAAAAGAACGGAAAAAAAAUAGAGAGAAAAAACCCUCAGGUAGUUUAAACUUCAGGCUUGUUAUAAAGUAGUAUCAUGCAUGUUAUUAUGCUAAAGCCAUAUGAGAUACAGUUGUAUAGGUAUAUUUUUCUAAUGUAUUAAAAAUGUGUAAGGAGUGGAUUUACUGGUACAGGAACAGGACUGGAAAGUCGUGUGUCACUGUGCAUUAAAAAAUGGUUGUUUUACCUUUCGUGGUAUUUACUGUACUUUCUGAAGCCUGGGGAUGCAUAAAGCAUUUGGAAUGUAUAUGGAAAAUGCAUUUAGUUACUGAAAUAAUACAUGUGCAGUGUACGUAGUUACAGAAAUAAUGUUGCAUGUAGCUUGUUAUUAACUGUUUAAUUUUUUUCUCUGUAAUGUGAUCAGAUAUUUUGUAUUUUUUUUUCUGUAAAUGUUUUGCAUUUUGCAAAAUUUAUCUCCAUUGAUUGCAAUGGGUUUAAAUACCCCAUAGUCUUUCAUCUGCUUUCUACAGAAAAGGAAAAUCAUAUUUUCCAUUUUUUCUGAAAUUAGCAACCAUGGCAGCUCCAUAAAUCCAUCAACAGAUUCAGUGACUUGCUCAUGUUUUAUUAUUAUUAUUAUUAUUUUUUAUUAUUAUUUUAAUUUUUUUUAGUAAUAUUAAAAAGCAAAUAGGUUCAAAUGUUGUUUGUGUUUACACAUAUAUGUUAAAUGUGUAUUCUGUUUAUGGUUGCAUAAACAAGGUUUAGAUAAUUAACUUUUAAGCUUUUUUGUGGAUGCGUAAAGAACAGAAUUAAACACUGCAUUUUUAAUGUGAGUGACACUGUGAGGUUAAACAAUGUGACAUUUAACAAUGAUGACCUGAGGGAAGAGACAGUAUGACAUUUACAGCAUAUGAGACCUGCUGAUGUCAAUACUGGUACAGGAUUCUACUGGGAAAAGAAACAAAUCCAACAGUAAAAUCCAAUUCAGUUCACAUCUGGUAAGUCAUGCUAUGUCAAAUGCAAAGCAUUAUUAUGUCUUUGUCUUUUUUGUUUAUUUGAUGUUAUCUAUUUUAAUUUGAUUAUAUUUCAAUUAUAUGGCUUUGAGUAAAAAUAGGCACAGAUUAAGUUUAGCCCUAUCUGUCUUUCCAUCUCCUCUAUCCCUGUAUAUGAUGAAUUGAAAACUAAAUUCAGAUAUAGCACAAAUACUAUCCUAAAGUUUACUAUGCCUAGUUCCAUCUAAUACAUUAAAUCAAUAUAUUGUGGCAAAAAGCUUUUCUCAUUUAUGUUUGUUCCACAACUUUCCAUGCUCCAUGUUGUCUGUAUUGUGCUUUACCAUUGAUUUGUCUCCUUGUGGGUGCCAUUUGCAAAUUUCUAAAUGAUUAUUGUACUUUUCUAUUUAUGCACAUAAUGACAACAAAGAG